AUGCUCUACCUCUCCGAAUUUGUUUCUGAUCGUUCUACUGAAGGAGUGAGUGCUGAUAGAGCUGCAGCUAAUUUUGGUCCUUCUCGAAAAUCCAAUUCUCAUAGAGAUUGUAUUGAUGUAUCUGAAGGGAAGUCCAGUGAAGAUUUCAGCUUUGAUCCUAUGUGUACUAAUUGUCCAAAUUUGGCUCCUAAAGGGAUAUGAUGGACAGGAAGAGGGUCUGUAGCUGCAUUGUGUUCGAUACACUGGACCAAGCUGGAUUUAUGAAUGCGUCUUCAUUUUUUAGUAUAUUCGAAAUUUCUAUUUAAAAGAAAGAACAUAACAAGUCAGUGGUUACUC